UUUCUUUCCUCUGCUCAAAAUGACCAUUCUUUCAUCUCUUCUUCUGCUUGGCUUCGUGUCAAUCUUGGGCGUGCAGGUAUCUGGCCUAGUGCUCCAUGAGUCUCUCCCAGGCGUUCCGGCAGGAUGGAGCGUCUCCGACGUUCCUAGCGACUCGUCGCAGAUGGUGUUGCAAGUCUCUCUGUCGCAGCAAAACAUUGACCAGCUAGAGACGAAGCUCGCAGCAGUAUCCACACCAGGUUCCCCCGAAUAUGGACAAUAUCUCGACGCCGAUGAGGUCAAUGCAUUGUUCGGCGCCAGUAAUGAGAGCUCCGCUGCCGUCGAAUCGUGGCUAAAGGCUUCUGGCGUCACCCAAUACGUCGCACAAGCUGGAAGCUACUGGUUCCAGGCCGAUGUCGGCACUGCCAACUCCAUGCUUGGGACUACUUUCAAAACCUACAAGGACAGCACUGGAAAAACCAAGCUCAGAACGACCAAGUACUCCAUUCCCGAGGACUUGGUCGGCCAUGUCGCCCUUGUCUCUCCGACGACCUACUUCGGAAACACGAAAGCUAUGAUGCCAGCACGAGCGGAGGACCGCAAGCAAUUGGCCAAACGAGCUACACCACCAGCCGAGUGCGAGCUGAGCGUCACCCUAGACAACGAGACAUACGUAGCCUUCGGGCCGGCUUGCCUCAAGACCAUUUACAACAUCAACAACUAUACUGCAGACCCCAGUUCCGGCAGCGAGAUUGCUUUCGGCUCAUUCCUGAACCAGAGUGCCAGCUACUCCGAUCUAUUUCUGUUCCAGGGGAACUUCAGCAUUCCUGAGCAAAACUUCUCCGUCAUUCUUGUCAACCCUGAAGAUGGUGCAACUGCCUAUCCUCAACCGCCUCUUGAUGCGAAUGAUGGCGAAGCCAACUUGGACAGCCAAUACAUCUCAGGCAUCUCACACCCAUUGCCCUUCAGCGAGUACAUCACCGCUGGCAGCCCCCCAUACUUUCCCGACCCAGUAGAGCCAGCCGGCACACCAAACGAGAACGAGCCUUAUCUGCCCUACUACGAGUACCUCCUCACUCAACCAACACUUCCACAGGUUAUCACCAACUCUUAUGGUGACGAGGAGCAGACGGUCCCGGAGACAUACGCUGUGCAGGUGUGCAACCUGAUUGGACUGCUAGGACUUCGUGGAAUCUCUGUCCUCCACUCUUCUGGCGACGAGGGAGUUGGUGCUUCCUGCCUCUCUACCGAUGGCUCCGUUGCCCAAUUUAAUCCAAUCUUCCCUGCCACAUGCCCCUACGUCACCAGCGUUGGUGGACUAGUCUCUUUCACCCCAGAAGAAGCUUGGGUUGGGAGUUCUGGCGGCUUCAGCAAUUAUUUCAAGCGCCCCUGGUACCAGAACAAAGCAGUGAAGGCAUACCUUGACAAGUACAUCAGCGCCGAGACCAAGUCAUACUAUUCCGCAUACACCAACUUCUCCGGCAGAGGCUUCCCCGACGUGUCUGCACACUCCCUACACCCCGACUACAUUGUAUAUCAAGGCGGCGAGGAAAAUCUGUCUGGAGGCACCUCGGCCGCUGCGCCUGUGACGGCCAGCAUCAUCGCGCUGCUCAACGAUGCACGCCUCCGUGCCGGCAAGCCCGCUCUUGGCUUCUUGAACCCAUUCAUCUACGCCUACGGCUACAAAGCGUUCACGGACAUCACCUUGGGGCAAUCCGAUGGCUGCAAUGGCAACGACACGCAGACCGAGGAACCGAUCCCAGGUGCGGGUGUCAUUCCCGGCGCUCACUGGAACGCGACCCCGGGUUGGGAUCCCGUGACUGGAUAUGGAGCGCCAAAUUUCGGCAAACUCCUGCACCUGGUCAACGGCCAGUAUGGUUGGUAAUUGUUCUUUUCCAACCCACUUUAUAGUGAAAAUUUCCAUCACCACCCAUUUCCUUAACCCAACCUGUGACAUUUAACUUCACGCCGCGCCUAUUGCCCUUAUUAGUGGCCUUGUACAGCUCUACAUCUUCCAGCGUAGCAGGUUGGAUUGAAAAAAUGGCCAAUGAACUUUUUUUUCUGAAAAAAUGAGAUAUGAAUACGGGCUAAACGUAUAUGAACAACUGCAUUUUACUAGGAACCCAUCUAGCUAUAUAUAGGAAAACCCUAUUCGCAUACUAGAGAGUAUAUUACUAUUGUUC